AUGUUACAAACGUUGUCAACAACAACAAAUACUCAUUACUAUCACACCACUGAAUUACCUUUUGUUGAUGAUAUUAUUUAUGAAAUUCUUCACUUUCUAGAUUCCAUCACCAUCAUCGGAACGUGUAUGAGAAUAUCAAAAUCAUGGAGAGAAAUUUCAUUCAAAAUUCCAUUAACCUUAAAGUUUGGUGCCACCACGGAUGAACACUCAUUUCGCAAAUCAGAGAAUGUGAAUUCAAAUCUUGUGGAACGAAUUUCGAAAAGUGAAUGUUUGAAAAAUUUAACAUCCCUAACUUUUUCGUACAAUCGAAUGGGUGCAAAAAGUGUCAAAUUCAUUGCCAACAGUGAACAUUUGAGAAAUUUAACUUGCUUACAAUUAAAUUAUAAUCAAAUGGAGUCGGAUGGUGCUACAUGGAUUGUGAAGAGUGAAAAUGUAAAGAAUCUCACAUUGUUAGAUGUUUCACUCAACACUAUUGGUUCUAUAGGUGCUGCUUCUAUUGCAAAUAGUUCAAACUUGAAACAUUUAAUUUCUUUAAACUUGUCGUUCAAUCAAAUUGAUGAAGAAGGAGCUUAUUCCAUUGCAAAUAGUGAAAAUUUACAAAAUUUAACAUGGUUGGAUUUGAAACAUAAUGAACUUGGUUCAAAAGGAGUUCAUUAUAUUGCAAAUAGUCCAUACUUGAAGAAUUUAACCACACUGAAUUUGUGUGGCACUUGUAUGGAAUCAGAGGGUGCUUUCUUUUUGGCAAAUAGUCAAAAUUUGAUGAGCUUGACAAGUUUGGAUAUAUCUCGAAAUCGAAUUGGUUCAAACGGUAUCCAAUUUAUUGCUAAUAGUGACACGUUGAAGAAUUUAACUUCACUACAUUCUGUUCACAAUCAAAUUGAUUCCAAAGGUGUCAAAUCGAUGGCAGAAAGCGAAAAUUUAAAACAUUUAACAUUGUUAGAUUUAAAUGACAAUGAAAUUGAAUCGGAAGGAGCUUACUUUAUUGCAACUAGCCAAUAUCUGAAGCAUUUAACUUGUUUAAACUUGAAUACCAAUGGAAUUGGUUUAGAAGGAAUCAAAUUCAUGGCUGAAAGUGAAAAUUCCCAACACUUCACUUUAUUAGAUUUAUCUUGCAAUAGAAUUGGCUCAAAAGGUGUCCAUCACAUUGCCAACAGUCCAUACAUGAACAAUUUAAAAUCAUUAAGCUUGAGUUCCAAUCAAAUAUUCUCAGAAGGAGCUCAAUCUAUUGCGAAUAGUCCAUACUUGACCAAGCUAACGUUUCUAGAUUUGAAUGGAAAUGGUAUUGGCUCUCAUGGUAUGAAUGUUAUUAAGAAUAGUGAACAUUUGAAACAUUUAACAAUGGUCAAGUUUUAA